UUAAUUAUAAUAAAACAUAAACAUAAAAAAAAAUCUAAAAAAAAAAAUCUUAAAAAAAGAACGAAAUCAGAAAAAUCAGUAGAAUCAACUGAACAACAAGUUAUUAAACCAGAAAAAACCCCAACUUUAGAUACAUCAAAAUGGCCAUUAUUAUUAAAGAAUUAUGAUCAAUUAUUAGUUAGAACUGGUCACUAUACACCAAUUCCAAACGGUCAUUCACCAUUAAAAAGACCAAUCAAAGAAUACAUUAAAUAUGGUAUUAUUAAUUUAGAUAAACCAUCAAAUCCAUCAUCACACGAAGUCGUUGCUUGGAUUCGUACUAUCCUUCGUGUUCAAAAAACUGGUCACAGUGGUACUUUAGAUCCAAAAGUUACAGGUUGUUUAAUUGUUUGUAUUGAACGUGCUACUCGUUUAGUUAAAUCACAACAAGGUGCUGGUAAAGAAUAUAUUGGUAUUGUUCGUUUACACAACGCUAUUGAAAACGUUAGCGAACUUUCAAAAGCUGUCGAUACUUUAAGAGGUGCUCUUUUCCAACGUCCACCACAAAAAUCUGCCGUCAAAAAGAGAUUAAGAGUUCGUACUAUUCACGAAUCAAAAUUAAUUGAAUACGAUCCAGAACGUAAUUUAGGUUUAAUUUGGGUCGAUUGUGAAGCUGGUACCUAUAUUCGUACUCUCUGUGUUCACAUUGGUCUUUUAAUGGGUGUUGGUGGUCACAUGCAAGAACUUCGUCGUGUUCGUUCAGGUAUCAUGUCUGAAAAGAAAGGUAUGGUCACUAUGCACGAUGUUAAAGAUGCUCAAUACGAAUUUGAUAACUCCAAAGAUGAAGCAUACCUCCGUCGUGUUGUUCAACCAUUAGAAGCUAUUCUUACAAACUACAAGAGAAUCGUUGUUAAAGAUAGUGCUAUCAAUGCUAUUUGUUAUGGUGCCAAACUUAUGAUUCCAGGUCUUCUCCGUUAUGAACAAGAUAUCGAAUCCAACGAAGAAGUCGUCCUCAUUACCACUAAAGGUGAAGCCAUCGCUAUUGGUGUUGCUCAAAUGACCACCGCUUCAAUGGCCACCUGCGACCACGGUGUUGUUGCUACCAUUAAAAGAGUUAUUAUGGAUAGAGAUGUUUACCCAGUUAGAUGGGGUCUUGGUCCAAAAGCUAAGGUCAAGAAGGAAAUGAUCAAAGAUGGUAAAUUAGAUAAAUAUGGUAAACCAAACGAAAAAACUCCAUCUGAUUGGACCAAUACCUACACCUAUUACACUGGUGUUGCUGCUCAAGAAGGUACCGAAGAAAUGAAAGUUGAUACUCCAAAGAAAGCCACCACUGCUGUUAUUUCACCAGAACCAACUCCAGCUGCUGUCCCAUCAUCUGAAUCUGAAUCCGAAAAGAAAGAAAAGAAAGAAAAGAAAGAUAAAAAAGAAAAGAAAGAAAAGAAAGAUAAGAAAGAAAAGAAAGAAAAGAAAGACGACUCUGAUGAUUCUGACUCUGAAAAGAAAGAAAAGAAAGAAAAGAAGGAUAAAAAGAAGAAAGACGAAUCCGAUGAUGAAAAAUCAAAGAAAAAAGAAAAGAAAGAUAAAAAGAGAAAGAAAUCUGAAAAAGAUUCAGGCGAUGAAAAAGAAUCAAAAAAAGAAAAAAAGAAAAGUAAAAAUUAA